AUGAGCCCCAGUUUGAUUGUCAUUCAAAUUUUUCUCAGCUUUAGGUUAGACUAUAACAGCAUUUGACUUCAUCAAGAGAGAAGUAAGCUGGGCAAGGAAGUUUGUUGGUGACAGUUCCAUUACGAAAACGAUGCUUCCGCCAUCUUGAAAUUCAACUGGGAAGUCUGGAAAUGAGUUGAAAAAGUCAGUCGGGUGGUCGGUCGGGAGUCCUCGGUAUUUCUUUCGGAAGAAUCGUGAACGAUCGGUCAGAAACUUCGUAGAUUUCGAGCGAGGUGUCUGCGAGGCAAUCCUGCGAGAAUUCACGUCUUUAAUAGGUACGCUUUUGGCAAGCUGAAUGUUUUUGCAUUUAUAAGUGCACUAUUUGGUUUGAAUAUGCCGAAGAAUGAGGCGUCGACAAUCAUAUGCUAGAAACUGUUUCUAUCUUUUGCGUUCAUUGCAACGAAAUUCAAUAAUUGCCUUUGUUUUCAUGAGCUUAAUAUUCCUUCAUUGCGGUGUGGUUGCGCACUGUUUUUUGUUUUAGGGCCAGUUGUAUGGGCUCCUCAAAGUCAAAGUUUCAGUUGUCUAAUGCUGAUGUCUACCGAAACGCUGGCCGAGUUGUUACUCAAAAGUGCAUGGUGAGUGAUAAUUUAAACGCAAUUGGCCACACUUGGUCACUUUUUCACUUCUUCACGGAUUCUCUUCUCUUUGACAAUUUUAUCCGCACCCCUCCCCCCGGAAAAAUGACUGGAAUAUUUGUCGCCGCCCUGUGAAAAAUAAAUGAAAUCCGAAGGGUUCAUUUUUUGUCAGCUCCUUGGCAAAAUUUUUUAUUUUGUCGGCUUCUUUGAAAACAACAUCAGAAACCCCUAUUAAAAAACCUGCCUCCUUCCAGGGAGAAGCGCCGUGGGGGGUUGCAGAUAAAAAUGGAACGUCCCUUAGGGGUUAGGGGACAGGAGAGAGGCCGUCUCCCCUUUUCGCUUAGCUCUUCUCUCUUUCCCCUAGAAACACCUUAUACUUGGCUAAACUACUUCUUCUUCCACCACCACUUGGAGUGGGGGGUACUCACUUACUUACCCAAUAGCCUUAAACAGGCAUGUGAUUAGUCUAACCUAGACCAGACGCCAAACUUUUCAUGAGAUAAACCAAACUCUAAUUUGGGUCGACCUAAAUUAAGUUAAGAUUGUCUGUUGGGUCAGGCGUCAGAAUUAGGAAGCGUCGAACCAAUCAACUGAAUCCAACCAAAGAGCAAUUUUGAUAAAUUUUCUCCUGAACGAGGCUAAAGAUACAUUAUCAUACACUUUCUUCAUUUAUUAGUUUAGUUCGUCACAUGUGAAGAUCGACAUUCAUUCCCAGGACGUCUGAAGCAGACAGAUAGAGCGUGUUGGUUGAUCUAGACUCAUUCAGACAAACUUAACUGAGCCAAACGUCAAACUUUUCAUGAACUUAACUUAAUAAGUUUGGUUUGUCUCAUGAAAAGUUCAAUGUUCGGCCUAGGCCUUAAACAGGGUUGGCAAAUUCAAUAUUUAUCCUCUUGAAGGGGGUGCCUUUCUAUAUGUGUAUGGUACCAAUGACCUAAUUGAAAAAUCUGUUUCUGUGAUGUCAGUUCAAUGCACAUGUCAUCAGAUUGCCCCAGGGGUAGAACCCCUGGCCAACCAGGGGGAUUGUAAAAUUGAUGGUGCAAAGUUGUGAAUUUUCCCUAGGGGUGGGUAAAUAAAGACAAAGCAAGACAAAGGCCCUUGAAUGGGUCACUGAGAGUGAUUUUCAGCUUAAAAUCCCCCUGAUAUCCACGUCAACUUACUGGGAUUUAUUUGAUUGAGGCAGUGCUGUCAACUCUCCCAGAUAAUCUGGGGGACUCAAGUUUUUGAAGCGAAUCAGAUUGCAUAAUCACCAAAGUUUGCCAUUUCAUCAGUAGACUUGACUUUCCGACUACAAUUUGUAUAAAGUUUCAGCUAUUAAUUUUGCAUUGCUUGAGCUGUUUUCAUGUUUUUAGUAUCAAACAUUCCUUCAUAAAAUCUUCCAGUAUGCCAUUAAAAUAAUGUGAUCAAUGGGAAGUAAACCAAUCAGAACAUGUGUUUUACAAGGCAAAAACAUCUUUUUCAUGCAUUUUGUGUCAUCGCAAAUUUGUGACGAUCGAAGAGUAUUUUAUGCACAAAAUAAUGACGUCAUGUGCCGUGCAUUAUGACGUUAUCUACCAUCCCUUCCCUAUCAAUUGUCAAUAUUUGAAUACGUGGGGUUGUAACAGCCCUGUUGAGGGAAAUUUUUGUGAUAGUGUAGUGGGACGUCUAUAUAUAUCAAACCCCUAUAUAACAAAGUUUCAGGUAUAACAAACAUUAGGAAAAUCCAACUAGUGGUCUACUAUCAAUGCUACGGUAAAGUUAGUAAAUUGCAAGUCAAAUUACGAGGAAUUAUUUAUUUGAUUGUUUGUGAACUUCUAGAAAAUGGCUGCAACAAUCACAUUGUUCAUGGUUGGUGACGUGAUGUUAGGACGAGGGAUUGACAUGAUCUUGGAACACUCCAAUAAUCCCAUUCUGUAUGAGAGUAAUGGCCUUGAUGCAAGAGACUAUGUAACUAUUGCAACAACACAAACUGGACCUAUACCCGACAGAAGGGAACGACAAGUGGAUUAUGUCUGGGGAGAUGCAAUUCAAAUACUGAAAGAAAAGAAACCGGAUCUAAGAAUAAUUAACUUAGAAACUUCAGUUACGACAAGUGCUACACCUUGGCCUAUGAAAGGAAUCCACUACCGCAUGCACCCCAAGAAUGUGAAUGUUAUUCAGUCAGCUGAUAUUGACUGCUGUGUCCUGGCUAAUAAUCAUGUUGCAGACUGGGGAUUUCCUGGUCUUAUUGAGACCCUGGAUACCCUUCAUGAUGCUGGCAUUAAAUUUGCAGGAGCAGGACGCAAUUCUACUGAGGCAAAGGCACCAGCCAUUUUUCAGCUGACCAGUGGUACAAGAGUGCUGGUUUUUUCAUCUGGUCAUUUCUCAAGUGGAGUUCCUGAUUCAUGGGAAGCCAAACCUGACAGAGAAGGUGUUAACAUUCUUGAGUUCUACCAAGCUGGGAAAGCAGCAGCCUUGCUGAAGGAACAAGUUGAACAGUACAAAGAGGAAGGUGAUGUCGUUGUCUUAUCUGUUCACUGGGGUGGAAACUGGGGCUGGAAUGUUGAUUCUUCUUUUGUCAAGUUUGCACACAAGGCCAUUGAUGAGGCUGGAGUUCAUGUCAUUCACGGGCAUUCAUCUCAUCAUGUCAAAGGCAUAGAAGUGUAUAAUGGAAAACUUAUUAUUUAUGGUUGUGGUGACUUUUUAAAUGACUACGAAGGAAUCACAGGUCAUGAGGAUUAUCGCGAUGAUCUUGCUCUGAUGUAUUUUGCAGAUAUAAAUCCUGCAACUGGCUUUUUGGUUGGGUUGAGAAUGGUGCCAACACAGAUCAUGCACUUACGUGUUAACAGAGCCAGGGAGGAGGGAAUCAAAUGGCUUAUGAAGACAAUGUCAAAGGAGUGCAGGAAGUUUGGCUGUGAUGUAGAAAGAGUUGAUGGUGAACUUCAUUUGGUGUUUUGAGUUUACCGGUGAGCAUGAUUGCAGAGGCAUGACCCUGUAAUGGAAAUAGGUGUUCGAGUUCCACAGAAAACUGUAAGCAGUUUUUGGACACCUAAAAACAAACUGGAACAUUUCAAGAUCUGCGUGUAGCAACCUCAGUUUCUCUAAUGCUUGCAUGUUAGGGCUCUGUUAUCAUCUACAAAAGUAAAGCGUGCUCAUGAAUUGAGCUACAGAUGCAGACGCUCAUAGUGAUAUUUGUGUGAACCAGAAACUGACAAAUUCUGAAUUCAUUUGUCAAGGCACUAAUUUACAGAAGAGGCCUUCACUCGUUUUUGUUCCUACAUAAGUGUUUCAUUCAGGUUUCCAUUAAUUACCUAAUCACAUGUGUAUAGAUCACAGC